CAGCCCCAGCUCCGCUCAGGGCUCUGUCCGGGAAAGUGGGGUGCAGAUGCAGUUGUCACCGCCAGCACAGUGACUGCUGCAAGACAACCAGCCCUUUGCAGCCGGAGACGCUCGUUCUGGCGACCGGCGGAAGAUUAAAAAUCAAGAAACGGAAACUGAUGUAGUUCCCUGACAUGGAGAGCCAAGCCCAUAAUCCAUUAGGAGCUUCUCCUUGUGAGGCUGAGCUUCAGGAAUUAAUGGAACAGAUUGACAUCAUGGUAAGCAACAAAAAGCUGGACUGGGAACGAAAGAUGAGGGCUUUGGAGACGCGAUUAGAUCUUCGCGAUCAAGAGUUGGCAAAUGCACAAACUUGUUUGGAUCAGAAAGGUCAAGAGGUAGGGUUACUCCGACAGAAGUUGGACAGUCUGGAAAAAUGUAAUUUAGCAAUGACUCAGAAUUACGAAGGACAGCUUCAAUCGCUAAAAGCUCAAUUUUCCCAACUAACAAACAGCUUUGAAAAGCUGAGGUUACAUCAGAUGAAACACAAUAAAAUUCACCGAAAAGAAUUGUCUCACAGAGAAGAAACUCUCUUUGAACCAAGCAAUUUGAACCAGAAAUUAGAGGAAUUUAGAGCAAAGUCAAGAGAAUGGGACAAGCAAGAGAUACUGUAUCAGACUCAUCUGGUUUCUUUAGAUGCUCAACAAAAAUUAUUAUCUGAAAAGUAUAAUCAAUUUCAGAGACAGACACAGAAUUACCAAACUCAAGUCAAUGGCAACAAGCAGUGCACGGAAGACAACGGCUCUGAAAUUCCUGGCCUGGCGUGUCGGCCAGAUCCCGGAUGUGAAACCAGCGCAAGAGACGAAUUCAUUAUUGAAAAACUGAAGUUGGCUGUGAGUGAAAUAGCAUUAAGCAGGAAUAAGCUACAAGACGAGAACCAGAAGCUUUUGCAAGAACUGAAAAUGUACCAGCGACAGUGCCAGGCCAUGCAGGCAGGACUCCUGGAAGUGAAAAACGAGCUCCAGUCCCGUGACGAUCUCUUGAGAAUUAUAGAAAUGGAGCGGCUGCAGUUACACCAGGAAUUAUUAAAAACAGGAGAGUGCCAGAAUUCUCAAGAAAAUAAAAGACGGCUUGAAUCAUCUUAUUCAUCUUCUAUUGAAGAAAUAGAAAGGAAAAAGAAAGAGAUAUUUUCAGUGAUCCAGGAUCAACCAAAUCAAGAAAAAGGAUUAAAUAAGAUAAGAAACCAACUUUAUCAGGAGGGAGAGUGCCACGUCUCGGAGCAGGAAAGAAUGAGAAAUGAAAUCUCUAAUUUAACAGAGGAGCUUCAUCAGAAGGAGAUCACCAUAGCAACUGUGAUGAAGAAAGCUGCCCUUCUGGAAAGACAGUUAAAGAUAGAAUUAGAAAUAAAAGAAAAAAUGUUAGCAAAACAACAGUUCUCAGGUAUGAGAUACAAAGCUGUCAGAACGGAGAACACACAUCUGAAAGGAAUGAUGGGAGAUUUAGACCCUGGACGGUACAUGAGUAUGGACUUCACUAAUAAGGUGCAUGCAAAUAAUACAUCUAUCAGCAAACUGGAAUAUGAGAAUGAAAAGCUCCGAAGUGAUCUUGCAAAACUUCACGUCAAUGGAAAAUCAGCAUGGCCCUAUCAGAAUACGUGUGAAGAAGCAGGAAUAUAUGCCUAUCAAAGCCAAAUAAAAAUGGAGAAAAAUGAAGAUGGGUGUGGCCAAGACUGGGAGCCAAAGGGAAGCGCAGUGCCACCAUGGCCACCCUUGACGCUUCACACCAAAGAAACGAGUUCACUGGCCAGUGAUGAUGAAGUGCUCCCCCUGUCCCCCCCGGAUGUGUCCUUCCCAGCCUCGUUGGCUGCACAGCAUUUCCUGCUGGAAGAAGAGAAGCGAGCAAAGGAACUUGAGAAGCUCCUAAAUGCACAUAUUGAUGAACUACAAAGGCAUACAGAAUUUACUCUUAAUAAAUACACCAAACUAAAACAAAAUAGACACAUAUGAGCUUUUACACUUUGUGUUGCCUCCCCCCACCCCACCCCAGAAAAAGCUCUGACAAAAUAUUUACAAAGCUGAUGAAUGAAACUGAGAAAUGUUGGGUUAUUUUGUCUUAAGUAAAUAAUUUCUGUAAGGCAGUUUCAAAAAUAGUAAGUAUAUUGUUUGAAAGAGCUGUUUGCAUUUCUACACCAAUAUACUACUGUGUUCUGCUGUAGAGUUAUUGGGAAAUAAACAUAACUACUCCAAAAGAUUUUUCCCAGUCUAAGGAAUAGUGUGGGAUUAAAAAUGCAAAAUUUCCCACUUGAAUCAUGUAUAUUAAAAACCCAUUUCCUCUGCAGGAAUAAGGAAGUGCUGAAUUCCACAUAUAUAUGCAUCAAUCAGGUCAGAUGCACUCAAGGAGUUUUUAAAGUGAAAAAUAUUUCAAUAUUUUUUAGCUUAUAUAUAAGAUUUCUUUUAUUAAAAAAGAUAGAGCUUUGCUGUUCUUACAUUUACUUUUGCAAUGCAUCUGUUAUAAAACCACAAGUGAUGUGCCAUGCGUAAUGGACGUACUUAUAUCGAAGAUGAAUGCGUUCCUGUUAAUAAUGAUCAUUUCAUGGACCUGAAGAAGUGAAAGCAAAUAUAAAGCAUUACUGUUGCUUCCUUCACCUUUGUAAUCACGUCUGUUCAUAAUAUAAUAAAGGAAUUCAACAUUCAGUGACUUAAACAUAAAUGCCUAGUUUGUGUAGAACUGUAAUAACACAGUGAUAACAAAGUUCAAGUUACAAACACACCACAAUAAUAAUUUAGUAUUCUAUUAUUUUCUUAAAAUGUGAUGUAUAGCUAUACCUGUCUCUGUCUACACCAGCUUCAGGGGUACCUCAGGUCACAAACUUGAUUUGUUGCAGGAUUUUGGAAAACAUGGCCACAUUUGUGUUGGUGUGGGGAGGAUGGUCAUGGUGCUGUUUGUCACUGGGGGAGCAUUUGCAAAAAACACGUAAUUUUGCCAAACACUUUUGCUUGCAAACCAAAUUGUUUGUAGUCAAAAGCGUUCAUGAACAGAGAUACCACUGCACAUGGAGAGAUUAUUAGAAUUUCAAAGUAAAUCUUUUAUUGUCAAUAAAUCAUCAUGACCUCACCACUUUGCCUGAAUACAUCCUCGUGGUUGUGCAUAAAUAAUGUUUAGAUAAACAGUUACCAAUGUUAUAUGGUUGUUAAGUUUCAAGCAAUAUGAUCCACAUUACUUUUGAGAAACAGUAUUUUGGCUAGGAUCCCCAUACGUGGCUAACUAAAAUACAAAGCGAAGUUCAGAAAACAGUGUGAAAUCACAAUUAGCAGGGCAGUUCCUGUUCAUGGGCAUCACUUUGAUUAGUACUGACAAUAUUAUUUGUGUAAACAUUUGAAUGCUGUAUCCUUUGGAAGUAUUUUGUUGUAUACUGAAUCAUAGAAGUUGGAGGUAUAUAAAUAAAAUGUUUUGCUAAAAUGAAAAUUUCCCAAUUUUUCUAACAACAUUUUAAAUUUAAUGUUUGUAACGGUUAUGAGCUGCUGCUGUAUUACACUGUGAUG